AUGAACUCGGAUUACCAAUCCCCCAACGCGCAUGAAGGCGCCUGGCUAGGUGGCUCUGCUGAUCAUCUCAGCAUCGAUCCGCAACGCCUCAAUCCGCAUGCGCAUGCUGUCGCUUCCACCCACUUUGGCACUUCGCCUGGCAACCAAUCCGACCUCUCGAAUGAAGCCCAAUUCCACCACAACGACGAUCUCUCGGACGUCUCUGCAUCCGGCUACGAGAAUCCUUCCGUCAAUCAACUCUAUUCCGACGCCAUCAACAUGUCCGACUUUGACAAUAUCGACCGCACCACCACCACCACCAACCAGCCGCUCCAGCACCCUCCUUCCGCGCUUGUCACUCCUACUCUCGCUGAUCAAGCCGUGUACCAGGAUGCCAGAGGCUACAUGGGUGCCAUUCCUGCCUCGUCCACCGACUUGGGCUCCAGUGCUCGCUACAGCAUUCAGAGUGUUUCCACAGCCGCCGGUCUGGCACCCUCGACCAGCUUUGGAGAGGCCAGUCUACCGUCGGCCAACUCGACAGCCACCUUCACCCACGCGCCCUCCGCCAGCAUCUCUUCCAACCUCAACGCUCCCGUAGUGCACGAAUCUGUCCCCACCAGCUUUGACGAAAGCGUCCUGCGCUCGCUCUGCGACAUUGACUGCGCCAUGCCGCUCCUCUUUGACCGCAUCAAGCAAAGCAUGGUCUCGGCGCGCGAAGCCGCCACCUUUCUCAAAAAGCGCGCUGUACUCGAGGAGGAGUAUGCUCGAGGCAUGGCCAAGCUCGCACGUACCACGUUUGAAACUUAUUCGCUCAGCGAUGCCAAGGCGGGCACAUUUGUCAAGUCGUGGCAUUCCAUCGUCAAGACGCACGAGACGCUCGCCGACAACCGGCUCCGUUUUGCCACCAAGUUGAACGAGAUGAGCGAAGAGCUCUCCAAUCUGUCCAAGGAGGUUGACAAGAGUCGCAAACACGCCAGGGAAACGGGCUUGCGGCUCGAGAAGAACUUGCAAGAUGCCGAAGUGGGUGUCGAAAAGGCACGCGGUCGAUUCGAUACAGCUGCCGAAGAUCUAGAACGCUUGCUCUUGCUCAAAUCCGGUGAGUCGACAAAAUCCGGCGAGAUGCAAUCCGGCGCUGCCAGCGUUGGUAGCAGCGGUAAGCGUACGCUGGGCAAGGCGAUCGGCAAGAGCGGCUUGCUGUUCAAGAACAAGAACCCGCAGCAAAUCCUCAAACAGGAGGAAGAGGUGCGCGCGCGAACCAGCAGUGCCAGCGACGCUUUCCGAAGAGAAGUGCUUAGCACUCAAGGCAUACGCCAAGAAUACUUUCAUCUCCAGCUACCACGCAUCCUUCGCACGCUCAAAGAGAAUGCCGACGAGAUCGACAACGGCACGCAGUAUCACUUGGCGCGUUACGCGUUCCUCUUUGAAAGCACCGUGCUCAACGACGGCAUGGCCAUCUCGCCUGUCGGCACCGACGCUGUAUCGGCAAGUGGGCUCAACGGUGCGGUCGAGGCCAUCGAUAACCGCGCCGACUUUAAGCUGUACAUGAGCAACUACCAGGUGGCGCACGGACGCGAUUACAAGGGUCCACGUCGAGAAGGACCGUACGAGGAGGGAUUCCUCAAUACACCCGGGACGACCAAGGCGAACGCAACCACGCCCGCGACGCGCGCGCCUGUCUCGGAACGUGCCAUCUUUGGCGUCGAUCUAGCCGAGCAGAUGGCACGCGACAACGUCGAGAUCCCGCCGAUUCUGGAAAAGUGUUCACUCGCCAUCGAAGAAUUCGGCAUGGAAAAUAUGGGCAUCUACCGACUCUCAGGAACCACGUCCAAGGUGCAGAAGCUCAAAGCCAAGUUUGAUGCGGAUUGGUCAGCGGUGGAUUUGGUCAACGACGAAGCGAUCCAGGAUAUCAACAUUGUAGCUGGCUGUUUGAAACUUUGGUUCCGCGAAUUGCCGGAGCCCUUGUUGACACACGAACUCUAUCCCGCCUUUAUCGAGGCGGCCAAGAUCGACAAUGAUCGGUUGAGGCAUAUACGCUUGCAUGAAAGGGUGAAUGAGUUGCCCGAUGCAAAUUACGCCACGUUAAAGUAUCUAAUGGCGCAUUUGGACAGGGUCAAAUCUGUCGAGCAUCUCAACCAGAUGUCGGCGAGCAACUUGGCGAUUGUAUUUGGUCCUACCUUGCUGUCUGCGGCGACAAACGGCGAGCAUGCAAGUGCGCCCAAUGGCGGUGGCCUGCAGAUCCACGAUAUGAGCUUCCAGUGCAGAGCUGUCGAGACCAUCCUGGAAAAGUAUCGAGAGAUAUUUGUCGACGACGGUGACGAGUAA